AUGUAUGCCAUCUUUGUUCGUAUUUUUCCAUUUGCUAGACCCCAGUUACCAAUCAAAUUGAGACAAUUAGAUGUACGAAUAUAUAGAAAACUCGGAGGAAAAUCAAAUACAUUAUAUAUCUGCUAUACUAUAAUUCAGUUAUCAAAUGAUGCAAUUCAUGUUGUUAAAUUAUCUGCUGAAAGUGUUUUUCUGAACGGAGAUAAUGCAUAUGAUGAUAAUAAUGAUCUAACAGCGUUAUUAUCAUCAUUAGAUGAAGAAAAUCAUUAUCUUAAUGACGUCGAUGCCGAUGACAUCAUUAAUAUCGACGACGAGAAAGAAGAGAUAAAGCAAACCACUACAACGUCCACUUUUCUCUAUCCUGAUUUAUCUCUAUCUAAUACUUCUACAAUAACAGAAACUCUAACAGCUUCUAUAUCAUCCUUAGUCCAAUUUAUUCCUGCUAUUCUUGAUUUUGACCUACAGUCAAUUGGAAUUCCUUCUGUUCAUAAUGUUAUUGUUAUUAAUAAUAGUCCUGAGAUAUUAAGUUUAGAAUCCAUAUCCGGUACAACUGUCCAAUUUUAUUCUUCAUUUUUUACGCAAAAAUUAGUUCCAUCUAAAUCAAAUACGUCUUUUAACAUUUAUUUUUUACCUCGAGCUAUAGGCAAAACAGACAGUACAUUAGUAAUUAACAGUAAUCAAGGAAUAUUUCACUAUUUGGUACUGGGCAGUGGUGUGCCAAAUGAAUUUCGUUUACGUCCCUAUAUCGGUGCUCAUAUUCCAUUAAAUACAAGUUAUCAGCAAUUCGUUCAUCUUCAUAAUCCUUAUAAUCGUUCACUUGAAAUUACGGAAGUGUAUACAAGUGAUGAUGAUCUCAUAAUUGAAUUGCCGUUCAUCGAUAGUACUCAUUUGUUAAAACCCUCAAUAUUAUCGUCAAUAACAACAAUAAAUAAUGAUGAAUUUUUAUCAUCUUCUCUAACUCAUGACGAUACUUUUCCCAAUAGUUUUCCUACUCAUCAAUUCCAUUCUCAUAAAGAUUAUUGGACUUUAAAAGCGUAUGAAACAAAAACUAUAAUAAAACUAAAAUUUUUAGCACGAACAAUCGGUCAAUAUUCGGCAUUUUUAUGUAUAAAAACAAUAUUAAAUGAUACAAUUAUACUUCCAAUUGAAAUGAAAGUAUCAAAUCAAUCCGGUUUAUAUACAAAUAUUGAUCUAAUAGAGUUUGGAGAUGGAAUGAUAAGAUCAAGUGAAGAACCAAUUACAAUUCAUUUAUAUGUCAUGAACAAUGGACCGAAACCAGAUGUGCGUUUGAAUUAUCCCAAAGAUGCAAUCACAAUUCGUUUUGAACAUGUCUAUUUACCCGUUGAUAUCUAUCGUUUAAAUAAAAUAGCCGAAAUUACAUUGAAUCCAUCUAAAAUUCCAACGAAUAUUGAACAUCUAUCUGGUCUCAUACAAAUUCGUACAACAUUAUCAACUCACUAUGAAUUACAAAUACCUUAUCGUACAACCAUUUAUCAUGGAUCAUUAGAUUAUGAAACAGAUAAAAUGUUUUUCUUUAUUUCAUCGUCAACAACAAAUGAUUGUGAUAAAUCAUCAAAAUCGUGCGAAAUAAAUCAACAUUGUCGAAAUAUUUCUGUUGUCAAUCGAUUUAAAUAUCCCUUAGUUAUUUAUAAUAUCACAUGUGGAGGAGACACAAUUCGCAAUUAUAUCGAUAUCAAUUAUUCUUCCAUGCCAAUGUAUCUAUUACCUGGUGAAGAAAAAAUUCCAUUUUGUUUAUUGAAACGAACAUCAGUAUUGGAUAAAUUUAUCAACAUUGAAGAUUCGAUUGUUAUUCAUACGAAUUUAUCAUUUUUUCAUUUACCCAUUUAUUUAUAUAACGCACAAUUAACCUUUGACUUGUUGGAUGGGGACAAAAUCAGUUCUGGUAUAAUAUUAUUAAAUUCAAGUAAUAUUUUAUUAUCAAGUAUCUCUGUGAAUACAAUGAAAGAAAUAAAAAUUAUGAUUUCAAAUGCAAAUCCCAUCGAAAUAUCGAUAGAAAAAAUAUUUUCAUCUUAUUCACCAAAUUCAUCAAUUCAAUUGUUAUACAUGAAACAUUUGUCGAAUAAUAGACGAAUUAUAUUUAAUCAAUCAUAUACAAAUUUAGAUAUUGCCAAACUUGUGAUACCUGCUCGACAUCAGGCUAUAUUUUCUAUUUUGAUAAAUGGAACAAAUACACCUAAAGCAUAUAUUGAAUCAAUCAAAUUUAAAACACCAUAUCAGAUUCUUCGAAUAAACAUUCGAUUUUAUAUUGUUAAUGGUACUUUAGAAUUGUCAUCAGAAAAACUCAAUUUCAAUGUAUAUCCGAAUCAAAUUUUAUCAUCAGACAUAGAAAUUCGUAGUACAUUCACGGAACCGAUUGAAAUUAAACAAAUUGAAUUUCAACCAUACGGUAACUGUUUUACAUUUCAAUGGUUGAAUAAUCAAAAUACAAAAUUUAUUUUACAACCAAAUAAAACACAAAAAAUUGGUAAUCUCACAUUCGAUAUGAGUUCAUUAUGUGGUAUGAUAGGUACUACGACAGAGUCGACUUGUUACUGCGGUUUAAAUUAUCAUAAAAAAUAUGAACAACAAUGGCAUUCAAUGGAUACAAAUUCAUCGAAUUUAGAUCAACUUUUAUUGUUGAAAUUUAAAAAUUUAUGGAAUGGAUGGAAUUUAAUUUUAAAACGAAAAAAAAUUUAUUCAUCAUUAUGGUUGUUGUCAUCGAUGGUAAAUAUGUCUUGGCCAAUCAUUAUUAAUUUUCAAUGGCCUAGCAUAUUGGAUUUUCCAUCAUCAGUCAAUGUUGAGCAAUCAAUCAUUGAUUUUCCUUUAACACAAGUGGAUACCACUACUAGUCAGAAUUUGACUAUAGUAAAUCCAUUGAGUAAAUCGAGUUUAUCUUAUCACAUUCAAUUCAUAUCAAAUUAUUCGGAUGGUGAACGUUUGUUGAAUAUAAUUUAUGAUCCAUCAAAUACGAGUAGAAUAAAAAUGACGAUUGAUUAUGAUGUACCAUUUGAUGUUUGUAUGACUGAUCCAAAUUCAAUACUAUCGUCAACACCUUGUGGCUCAUAUAAAUUUACGUUACAACCAUUUGAAAAAAUAUCGUUUACAAUUAAAUACAAACCACGAAUACGCUCGAAACAUGAAACAUUUCUCAUCAUUCGAAACAACUUAACAAUAAUUGAAUCAGUAAGAUUAAGAGGUGAAUGUGGUAGUGGUGAUUUGAAAAUCGGAAAUAGAAAAGGUGAAUCAUCGAUACAACCGUUGACUAUGGAAAUGAACGAUAAACAAUAUAAAUUUUGUUCAGAAUUGCUUCGUGUUGAAGGUGCUCGUGCUAAUCCAAUGUUGCAAAAGAUUGUUAUACUUCGUAAUCCGGGCAAUAUGGAUUUAUUGAUUUAUAAUAUUUAUUUUGGAAAAUCAGCAUGUUAUGGUCAAGGUUUUUCUGCUAUGAAUUGUACGAAUAUCAUACUGAAACCAGAGGAAAAAUUAGAUUUAACUAUUAGAUAUCAACCAGAUUAUACGGUGUCAUUAGUCGAGGAGAUGAUUACUUUACACACGAAUAUUGGUUAUUUGACUUAUCCGAUUAUUGUUCGUAUACCACAAAACGUUUUAAAUGCUUGUUAUCAAAUAAUACCGCGACCAGCAUGGGAAUUUAGAUGUUACUGGAUAUGCCUUUGUGCAGUUACCAUUAUCAUUGCACUUAUAUUAACAUCAGCUAGUUACGAUGCAAGAAGAUUAUACGAUGACUACCAAGCACGAGCGGAAUUACGUCAAAUGUCAACAAAUAAAAUUUUUGAUUUGCACGAUUUAGCGUCGUUUGUACGGGAUGAGCAAGAAUUAUGUGAUCAGAAUGAGUCUCGUUCAUCGGUGAACCAUAAACUCUCGGUUCGUACAGCUGAAAAAGAUACAGAUUCCAAAAUAAAAUCGCAACGAAUAUCUGCUGACUCUGCUAAAUCCUUCAACCAAACAGAUAAACAAAAAAAAUCCAUAAAUGGUAGUUACAAAGAUGAUGAAGUGGGUAAAACGUCCCAAUCACUUGUACCAGGCAGAUCUAAUCGUAAUCGAGGCAGCAUCAAUGAUUCACAGCAAGAUGAUCAACAAUCUUUUACUACUCGUUCAAUCGCGUCUAGUCCAAAAGCGUUACACAAAUCUAGACGAACAAUUGCAUCGACUGAUGGAACCUCACAAAAAAAACAAGAUCAGACUAAACCGCAGCCUAUUUCCGUAAGGGCACUAAAAUCUACUACAGACCAUCAAGUGACAAAUGACGUAACGAGAACAGAUAAUGACGAAGACUCGUUUGUGGUAGCUACUCGAUCAAAAAAAACUAUUAAAACAAAAGAUUCAACAGCAGCAACGAAUAAAUUGAACAUGAUAACAAACACUUUGAGAUCAAGAGAACAACAAGACGCUAAUGAACAACGGCGAACCCAGCGCGAUUAUUCAAAAUCAACCGAAUCUUUAUCAAACGAUCAAUCGUGGUUAUUAGUUAGCUCUAAACAGCGUAAACAAGCGAAUGAGGAUAAGAAACCAGCUCCAUCAUAUUUAUCACGUCAACAAGAUGAUACAAAAUCGAGAGCAGCAACAACGUCAGUUGUAAAAUUACCUUAUUCAAACCAGCGAAUGACAUCCCAUAUUUCUUUACAAUCGUCUACUAUUCCGCAUCUGGAUCAAAAGAUGGAGAUACGGCAAAAUCCAUCCGAUCGCCAUCACACAUCAAGAUUACUAUCUAGCGGUGAUAGUACUACUUCUAAAAAUGGUGCUGUUGAUGUGAAUAAUACAACUGUUACAGAUUUACUGUCUGUUUUUCUUUUACGCAAAAUGAAUAAUAAUCACGAUGAUAUUUUUCCAUGUUCAACUAUUGCACGUUCAAGGGCAUCAUCAGCACCAUCUGACAGUGUAAUAAACUCUGAUAAUGAUGAAACAGAUGAUAUAAUAUGUUGGGAUGAUGUUGAAAAACCCGACAAGGGUACGUUAUACAACAAUAGUAGUAAUAAUAAUUUUAAUUUAACACAAACACAUAUUCAUUAUGAUCUAAUUAAGGGUACCUUCUCUCGUUUUUCACCUUCUUGA